CUUUUUUAUUAUUGAUAUAAUAAGCAUUUUGUCCUUUUACACAAUUCACCAUUCGUAAAUUCGCUGUUUGCCAAAUGUAACUGUCAGAUUUUGUGACGUUAAAAAGCAGAAGAUCAAAAACCAAAACAUUGGAGGCUUGAAUUAUUUUUUUAAACAAAUGCAUUUAUGUUAAUAAGUUUAUUAGGUUGCCCGAAUAUAAUAUGUUUAAUUUAUAUUUCGCGUCUUCGAGGAAAAUUUUACCGUCGUGUACCUUCUGUAGAUUCGGAAGAUAUUAUGGUCAAAAGCUAGAAAAUAAGUACAGUGAAAUAGAAAAGAAAAAUAUUUUAGAGGUUAUAAACAAAUCAGAUGUUUCAACUUUGUCAAGGUAUGAUGUUACAAAAAAAAGAUCAAAAAGCAUAUCUCAAUAUAUAAAUAACAAUGGCCCGGUAAGUAGUUUAAUUGACAUAGAGCUUAUAGAAGGCUUCAGUGAGAAGCAUGCAGAGAAACUGUUUGACAGUAUAUUGCAGGGGAAAAUUAAUGCCGAAGAACCAAAUGCAUUGAAACAAAUAAAGGGCCAAAUAUUAAACCCUACAUUGUCCGAGAAUAUGAGACAGGCGGCCAAGUCAGUAUUAACAGUGUAUAUAACAAUCAAUUCAGUAUCUUGGACUUUAAUAGAUAAGAGUAAUUAUGAAGUGUUGGAAUGGCAAUACCAGAGUAUACAUUACCCCGAGAACAAGAGAUAUCAGCUCAGUGAUAUUUUAGAAAUUUCCUGGAAUAUAGUAACGAAACUGCCAACAGCUGACAUCUAUGUGAUGAAGGCAGAGGCCACAAGCCUCCGAGCCUCUGGGAGCGACCCCAACAACCCCAAAGUGCUUGGGAUUAACUUGCAAAAAGCACAAAUGGUGUCCAUGAUGGUCGCUUUUAUAUCUGCUAGAGGGAACAUGGACAAUGUAGAAAAAGAUGAGGAAUCCAGCGAUACGGAGAAGAAAUUUAUUCAGAAUGUCUUCUUUUUGCGCUCCUCGUUGCCUUUUAGAUUAUACGGUACCCUCAUAGGCAACGAGAGAGUGACGUCAGACCAAACAGUGGAAAUGCUUCUAAAGGAAUAUAAUGAAAUAUCAGCAAACAAUAGCCACGUUUAUGUUCCAGAUCGACUUCAGGCCAGGUUUAGGGACGAAAAGGACCUAGAAAGAGACAUGAUGGCUCAGUGCAUGCUGUUUGCAUUGACGUUCAUGGACCUUUGUAUUUAUAGGAAUAAAAGUAAAAUUGAUAAAUUGUUGUCAAAGAAGGCUGAUUAAAUUGUUGUGAUAUA